AGGACGCGAAGGCACGAGGAGGAGAUCUGCCUUCUGGUAGAGGAAAUGCGGCGUGUCUUGACUUACCUUCUUGCAAAAGCCGAUUGGUGGGAGACUCAGGGACAACGCCGCGACCAGAGCGGUGAUUCGAGAGUCAAGAGCAACCCUCGAUUAGCUCAUGGCCUACUCGCAUACGCGUCCCGUCAAGCCAGCAUUCUCCGAGACCUUGCUAAGGUCUUUGCGAAGUUAUGGCUCCCACCACUG